AUGUCUCAGAGUUCUUAUGCAGAGGAUAUUCUUGACCGGGAAGGCAUGUCACAGUGUAAGCCUUUCCCCACUCCUGUUGACACAAAAGACAAACUCAGUGCUUCUUCAAGCGCCCCGUAUGAGGAUCCUACGAAGUAUCGUCGUCUGGCAGGUGCUUUGCAAUACUUGACAUUCACUCGGCCUGACAUAUCAUACGUCGUCCAACAGGUUUGCUUGUUUAUGCAUGACCCCAAAGUCCAGCAUAUUGAAGCAUUAAAACGCAUUUUGCGUUACAUUCGAGGUACGAUUGACUUUGGCACACAUUUAUACAAGUCCUCUCUCCAGUCACUACUAUCAUAUACAAAUGCUGAUUGGGGAGGAUGUCCAGACACUCAACGCUCCACAUCGGAUUAUUGUGUCUAUCUUGGGGAUAACUUGAUUUCUUGGUCUUCUAAGCGUCAACCUACUCUAUCUAAGUCAAGUGCUGAAGCAGAAUACCGAGGGGUUGCUAAUGCUGUCUCUGAGUCUUGUUGGAUUCGUAAUCUGUUGCUUGAACUCAAUUGUCCUAUUCGUAAAGCAACUUUGGUCUAUUGUGAUAAUCACUUUGUACAACAACAAAACAGGCUAACAACAUUACUUGCAUUGGCUACCGGCAAUAACAGGCUAACAACAUUACUUGCAUUGUCUACCGGCUUGACCAUAUAA